ACCCCCCGAUGUCCGUCCAGCCCCCGAUGUCCGUCCAGCCCCAGAUCACCGGACUGGCCUUUAACCCCGGCAUUCUCACGGCGGCUCUGGGGGCGCAGCCACAGAUUCUGGGGUCCCUCAGUGCCCCCCCUGUGAUCGCCAACCCCCUCCCCAGCGUGCAGGGGAUCCCGGGGCAGCUCCUGACCAACACCCAGGGCCAGGUGAUCGGGACCCUGCCGUGGGUCGUGGCCCCCCCCGGGGUGGCCGCAGCAGCCCCCGCGCCGGCCCCCCCCAGCCUGCAGGUGACACCGGUGACACCGCAGCUGCUGCUCAACGCGCAGGGCCAGGUCAUCGCCACGCUGGCCACGGGGGCCACGCUGGCCACAGGGGCCACUCUGACCACGGGGGCCACUCUGACCACGGGGGCCACGCUGGCCACCACCCCCCCUGCACCGGCCCCCGGCAAGAAGAACGGGCCAGCCGAGCCCCCCAUCAAGAGCGAGGUCCAGCCCAUCCAGCCGGCCCCGGCCGGGGUGGGGAUGAGCCCCACGCCCGUGGGCAAGGUGUCACCGUCCCCGGUGCCCAUCACGUGCUCCGAGACCCCCACCGUGAGCCAGCUGGUGUCCAAGCCCCCUGCCCCACCCAGCACGGAGGAGGACGGGAUCAACCUGGAAGAAAUCCGGGAAUUCGCCAAGAACUUCAAACUGCGGCGCCUCUCGCUGGGGCUGACCCAGACCCAGGUGGGGCAGGCCCUGACGGCCACCGAGGGCCCUGCCUACAGCCAGUCUGCCAUCUGCAGGUUCGAGAAGCUGGACAUCACGCCCAAGAGCGCGCAGAAGCUGAAGCCGGUGCUGGAGAAGUGGCUGCGGGAGGCGGAGCAGCGGCAGCGCGAGGGGCAGCAGCACCUGCUGGAGUUUGUGGGGGGCGAGCCGGGCAAGAAGCGCAAACGCCGCACGUCCUUCACGCCGCAGGCGCUGGAGGCCCUGAACGCGCACUUCGAGCGCAACGCGCUGCCCACGGGCGCCGAGAUCACGCGCAUCGCGCAGGAGCUGCGCUACGAGCGCGAGGUCGUGCGCGUCUGGUUCUGCAACCGCCGCCAGACCCUCAAGAACACCAGCAAGCUGAACGUCUUCCACGUGCCCUGAGCCACGGAACGCCCCGUGCCAGCCCGGCCUCCUGCCACCUGCGCUUUGGCCGCUGGUUCUGUCCCUCCACCGCCGCGCUCGCACCUGUGUCCACCGUCGG